UGCGCACCGCAGGCUGUCUCCAUAUAAAACCCGCGCGCCACUUAACGGAGCGCUUCAGACGCGACCCGGUUGCUGCGCGCGGCGUCGCCAAAGCUUCAGAGGAAGAGAACAGCGGAGGAUCCGCCCACCCGCGCGCGCCCGCUCUCCAUCCCGGACCAUGCUCCUCAUCCUGUUCCUGAUCGGUGUGUUCAGCGUGCUGGGACCGGAGGGUCAGAGCCCGAGCGCCACGCUGCGCCCCCCGGUGACCGAGGACAGCGGACAGUGCUCGGCCGCGUGCGAGUCCCGGCAGCAGAGUAAACUCCUGCGCCUGCACUCCAUCCGCUCCCAGAUCCUCAGCGCGCUGCGCCUCGAGCGCGCGCCCAACCUCACCCGGGACGCGGCGCGGCAGCUCGUGCCCAGAGCCCCGCCGCUGCUCGAGCUGCUCAGCCGCUACGAGAGGCAAAACGGGAGCACGGGCGGGGAUUACGAAGAGGCGGAGGAGCGCGAGGAGGCCAGCACCGAGACCAUCAUCACCAUGGCGACGGAACCACAAAGCGUCUCUCAGGCCAACCCAACGCCGCGGUGCUGCUUGUUCUCGCUCAGCCCCAAGAUUCUGCCAGACAACAUUGUGAAGGCACAGCUGUGGAUCCACCUGCGUCUGGGCAAAGAGACGACAACUGUCUUCAUGCAGAUCUCACGAUUGCAGCCGCCCUUCUAUAGCAACCCCCGACCAAAAAUCCUCUCUCUGAAGAUCGAUACCAACGCCCAGACGAACCCGUGGCAGAGCGUCGACAUGAAGCAGCUUCUGCAGUCAUGGCUCAAGCAGCCUGAGAGUAACUUCGGCAUCGAGAUCAAAGCCUUCAACAGCCAGGGGAAAGACUUGGCCGUGACCUCUGCUGCAUUGGGAGAGGAGGGCCUCCAACCAUUUCUAGAGGUCAAAAUCACCGAGGUGCCAAAGCGUUCCAGACGAGAAUCUGGCCUCGACUGCAAUGAGCGCUCUUCGGAAUCCCGCUGCUGCCGAUACCCGCUCACCGUAGACUUCGAGGACUUCGGCUGGGACUGGAUCAUUGCGCCAAAGCGCUACAAGGCCAACUACUGCUCGGGCGAGUGUGAGCAGGUACAUCUGCAAAAGUUCCCGCACACACACCUGGUGAACAAGGCGAAUCCGCGUGGUACAGCUGGGCCCUGCUGCACACCCACCAAAAUGUCCCCCAUCAACAUGCUCUACUUCAACCACAGAGAGCAGAUCAUCUAUGGGAAGAUCCCGUCCAUGGUCGUGGAUCUCUGCGGCUGCUCCUGAGCUUUGCCCUUGUGCCGGGGUUCCAGCUUCCCGUCUCUGCCGAGAUCCAUAAAAAACGCUUCUGAUAGAAAGCAUGGCUUCAUUGGGAACAUAAAGGAAUUCUGCUAUAUCUCUGUCACAGCGUCACUGAUCUGCUCUGCAAUACAGUUAACUUUUAUCCGUUAAAAGCAACAUUUAACGUUGUGGAAUAUCUGCAAAACCAGUCAGCUCCUGUUUCUCACUUACGUAUAUUACUUACGCUAUAAACCGUCGUUCCCUCACCAGCCUCACUUUUUUCUCUCUUACGAAGUUAAUAAGAAAAAAUGCAGCUUGUCAUGUUACUGAUAAACUGCAAAAAAAAGCGUAAACUCCUCUGUUCUGAAGAUGUCAGAAAACUUAAAGUUAUAGCUUUACCUCUGACAAAGAGCUUACACUGGAGACUCCUUCCAGAAAGGUUAACGUUAAUAAAUGUUUCCUGACUUUAAGAAAACUUUACCAUAUCAGCAAUUUUUAAAAUCUGUUGAUGUAGAGCGGUCCAUUGUACAAGUCCCUGUGACUUGAACCGUUACUAUAGAAACAAUAAUGUGGUUCCCCUCCAAUAUCAGAUUUUUAGAGUUUUUGGAUUAUCCCGACUUUCUGAAUAGGAAUUCUGAGUUGAGUUGAGGGGGUAUUUUCUUCAGUUUGUUCUGUUAGAGGUUGGAAAUAUAUGAGUAUUAUAAAAGUUAGGAGUAUUAGCUGAAUGCAGCAUUAACACUUCCGCUUGGUGCCAACAUAAUACGUCAUAACAGCAGCAUUGCAACAAGAAAAAAACAUGCAAAAUCAAACAAUAGCAAAACUAACAAGACAAAAAAGCUGAAGAGUAUUCUCCACCAGAAAGUGUUUUAGAUGUGGUGCGCACAUGAAAUAACAAUGUUUAAUACAUUAAUGUGCUUGAUGCAACGUUUUUUGUUUAAGUAGAAUCUAAUGAAUUUAGGGGGUUGUAUAGUGUAUAUGGUUUAAAAACGAAUAUAAAUAAUGAGCUGUGUCUAUAAAAAUGCAAUUUAAAGCAAAUCUGAGCAAGCUAUACAAUACAACCUAAAUAUUUACAGCUAUAUCAGCGCUAUAUAUGGACAGGUGCAUCUAAAAAAAAUUAGAAUAUUGUGAAAAAGUUCAAUGUUUUCCUUCAGUUAUAGAAGAAAAUGAAAAUUUAAUAUAUUUCUAGACUCAUUACAUGUAAACUAAAAUGUUUUGAGCAUUUUUCUAUUUUAAUUUUGAUAAUUAUGGCCUGCAGCACAAAAAGUAAAAAAAAAAACCUCAAAAUAUGAGAAUAUUUCAUUUAGAGUUUGAGUGAAACAGUAUAAAAACACCAUGUAUCUCUCGGUCUUGUUCAUUCCACGCAACCACAAUCAUGGGGAAGACUGCUGAUUUGACAGUUGUCCAGAAGAUGAUCGUCAACACCCUCCACAAGGAGGGUAAGCCACAGAAGGUCAUUGCUGAAAAGGCUGGCUGGAAAAGGUGCACAAGCAACCGGGAUGAGCGCAACUUUGAGAGGAUUGUCAAGAAACGUCGAUUCAAGAACUUGGAAGAGCUUCACAAGGAGUGGACUGAGGCUGGUGUCAGUGCAUCAAGAGCCACCACACACAGACGUUCUCAGGAAAGGGGCUACAACUGUCGCAUUCCUAAUAUCAAGCCACUCCUGAACCAGAGACAAUGUCAGAAACGUCUUACCUGGGACAGAAAGACCUGGACUGUUGCUCAGUGGUCCAAAGUCCUCUUUUCAGAUGAAAGUAAGUUUUGCAUUUCAUUUGGAAAUCAAGGUCCUCGAGUCUGGAGGAAGAGAGGAGAGGCACAGAAUCCAAGGGGUUUGAAGUCCAGUGUGAAGUUUCCACAGUCUGUGAUGAUUUGGGUUGCCAUGUCAUCUGCUGGUGUUGGUCCACUGUGUUUUAUCAAGUCCAAAGUCAAUGCAGCGUCUACCAGGAGAUUUUAGAGCACUUCAUGCUUCCAUCUGCUGACAAGCUUUAUCGUCAUACCAAUUUCCUUUUCCAGCAGGACUUAACAUCUGCCCACAGUGUCAAAACUAUGACCAAAUGGUUUACUGACCAUGAUAAUACUGUGUUUGAUUGGCCAGCCGACUCACCUGACCUGAACCCCAGAGAGAAUCUAUGAGCUAUUGUCAAGCGGAAGAUGAGAAACACCCGACCAAAAAAUACAGACGAGGUGAAAGCCGCUAUCAAAGCAACCUGGGCUUCAAUAACACCUCAGCAGUGCCACAGACUGAUCACCUCCAUGCCACACCGCAUUGAUACAGUAAUUCAUGGUAAAGGAGCCCCAACCAAGAACUGAGUGUAUAAAUGAACAAUAUACUUUUCAGAAGCUGGACAUUUCUAUAUUGUAAAUCCUUUUUUGACUGAUCUUAGGAAAUAUUUUCUAAUAUUUGGAGAUACUGGAUUUCUGAUUUUCAUGGGCUAUAAGCCAUAAUCAUCAAAAUCAAAAUAAAAAAAGGCUUGAAGUAUUUCACUUUGCGUGUAAUGAAUAUAGAAUAUAUGAAGGUUUUCCUGUUUGAAUUAAAUUAAAAAAAAAAAACUUUUUCACAAUAUUUUAAUUUUUUGAGAUGCACCUGUGUGUGUGUGUGUGUGUUCAUUCACCGGCCACUUUAAUAGGAACCUGUUGAUGAGUCUAAGAUCCCUGUUCUUGGCUGCAGGAGUGGAACCCAGUGUGAUGAUCUGCUGUUUCACGCUGAGAUGCUUUUCUGCUCACCACGGUUGUAAAGAGUGAUUAUAUGAGUUACUAUGUCCUUCCUGGCAAAAAAGCUUAAACCAAUCUGUCCAUUUUCCUCUGACCCGCUCUUAUCAACAAGGCGUUUGUUUCCACCCACAGAACUGUCGCUCACUCACUCGAUGUUUUUUGUUUUCUGCACCAUUCUGUGUAAACUCUACAGACUGUUGUGUGUGAAAACCCCAGGAGAUCAGCAGUUUCUGAAAUACUCAAACCAGUCCAUGUGGCUCAAACCAACACCCAUACCACAGUGAGAGAAAGAAAGUCACACUUUGAGAUCACAAUUUUUCCCAUUCUGAUGUUUGAACAUUGCGAACAUUAACUGAAGCUCUUGAUUUGUAUCUGUGGGAUUUGACGCCUCGUGCUGCUGUCGAAGGAUCGGCUGAUUAGAGAACUGCAGAAAACAAACAGCAGGUGGACGUGUUCCUAAUAAAGUGGCCUGUGUGUGUGUGUGUAAAACAAACUUUAGUAGGUGGUCAUUCCAGUGUUAUUAAAACCAUAAGUAUAGCAUUAGCAUGGAUGUUAUUUAAACUCCGAGUUUGUGUCAGGAUUAGGAGUCAUGUUUAUGAUGAGCGAGAGUGGUUGUGUAAAGUCAGUUGUUGAUGUAACUUGAAUUGUUUUAUAACCUAAAAGCAUUCUGUCCUUUGUUAACCCGGACAAUAUGUCCCCACUGACCCUGCCUCGGGCAUGUGGAGCUGAUUACGACUCUUUAGAGAAAUAAACAAGCGGCAAGCUUAUUUCGCUCACACGCUGGAUCCUGCCGGGAUGUUACAACAGCUUGAGGACAGUGAGACUACAGGCAGAUGGUCCAGUUCUUCGCUCCAUUAAAGGCGAACUGCACCAAAAAUGUGCCAUUAGCACAGUGAGUUAAAUAACUUUAUUCGUUGUUAGCAAAUCACACAAAUACAGCUAACAAUGAAUAGAGUUAGCAAGGUCAGCAAAAUCUCAAGUGCUGACUAAUUUUUUGACGACACUGUUUAUUACUAGAAAACCAGACACCAUCAUGACCAUUCCAUUCUUUAUUAGCAGUGUUAGCAUCUUUGGGGCCGAACUAAAACAAACGAACAAACAAACAAACAAACAAACAAACAAAAACCCUCAAGAUGAAAAAAUUACAGCUAAUAGUGAAUAAAAAGUCAUGUUAGCACAGUUUGCACAAUGUCAUCUGAAUAAUGCUAAUUUAACUUGGUGAGAUUUUUUGCUGUUAGUGAAGUUAGCAUUUCAAAAGGCUGAAAACACCCAAACAUGUCUAAUAACGUGGGGGAAAAGGGUGAAGUUAGCAUAGCUAGCACAAGUUCAACUAAAUAAUGGUGAUAUGACUAUUUAUUAUUAAAAAUGUGAGCAUCUGUGAAAGAAAUGAAUCUAACACUAGCUAAUAAUGAAUAAAAGAUGAGGUAAGCACUAAUAUCCCGAUCAAAAUGGAAUAAUUUUCCUUUUCCCAAAGACUACACUCAUUAUUAGCAGUGUUAGCAUUUUUUCCCUGAAGAACUAUCCCUUUCAUUGUGGGAUUAGCACAAUUCUGAACAAGGCUAACCUCAUAUAUAGUUCAGACGCCACUGAUUAUUAGCAAAGCUAGCAUUUUGGAGGGGGGAAAAAUCUAUUCAAGAGCUGAGAGAAAGUACAUAAAGCUGAAAGUAGCACAGUUAGCUUUACCUUUAGCAUUUGUGUAGCAUUCUUCAUAUCAGAUACUUAGCAGUGAGUUAUUAAUUGUUUAUAAGCAUUUAUAAUCCAGGCUGUGUGACAUCCUGAUAUUCACUCAGUUAAAUGAGUGUUACAAAGUUCAUGUGGCCAACAGCGAUGAAAAGAGAGCUAACACAGCUCAACAAUGCUAAUUUUUAAUUCAGUCUUGUGUUAGCAUUUCUGAGAGGAAUUUGUGCUUUAAGAAGUUGAAAUGGUGGCUUGUUUCACUCAGUCUUGUUUAGUUCAGUCUGAUAAAACAUGGGGCAGAUGGUUGUGUUGGUUAUUAUGUAAAAAAAAAAAAGUUAAUUCAAACAUUAUGUAGCUAAGAAUGAAUAAAAAGUGUUAGCACAGUCAGUUCAUUGUCUGUUCAUUAUUAGCAAUGCUAGCAGCAGCUCUAAUUGUUUAAUUUGUGAUAAGGAUUUCUCCAUGAAAUGUUGCCAUUUUAGGCCAACAUGCUGGCUAAAGCCUAGGUCACAACCGGACGUACGAUUUUUUUGGCCGUGCGAUUUUUGGCGUUUCCCAAAUCGCUGCGUUUUUUUUGUUCGUGGAGAAAGACGCACGUUGGCCGUAAGUUUGUCUUGCAACCUGAAAAAAACGUAAGCGCCCGUAGAGUUUGUUUGACAUGACAAAGAACCUCUGCGGCCAGUCUACGGCUCGAAAAUCAGCACGUCACACGUGCGCCCUCCAUGUGUUUCACGCACGCCCUCCGUGCGUUUCUUGCGUUUUUUGCACGUAGACCUGCCAUAGGAGCACGUACGGCCGGUUGUGACCGAGGCUUAAGCAAAUACUCCGAGGCUUAGUUGUUUACAGGUUAAUGCGAAUAAACAUGCUUAAAAAAAAAGUUAGCACAGUUACUCUAUUAACAUCUCUCAAUCUGAUCUCAUUGAGAAAUUUGAACACGUUUGAAUGAAUGCUGGUAACAUGAUUGGAUUUUGUUGCAUUAAUGUUUCCUAACUUUUUAUUCGUCAUGCAAAUUGUUACGUUUCAUAUGUUAGUCCAUCGUAAACCAGUUGCUUUUCGAAAUCUGGACCUCUCCUCUCAUCUCUAGCCACUUUAUCCUGUUCUACAGGGUCGCAGGCAAGCUGGAGCCUAUCCCAGCUGACUACGGGCGAAAGGCGGGGUACAC